AUGGUUUGGGCUGCUCCUGGGCUUUUGGUUGCAUUAUUGCUACUUACUGGGUUGAGCUGUGAAUCCAACCACUAUGAAAAGAAGAGGCAGAAAAGAACCAUUUACGAUGAGCAGCCUCGUUUGUACUCAGAUCAGGGUAAUUUAGUGUUCCAUGCUGGCUCCAGCAAAAAUAUUGAAUUUAUAACUGGACCACUGGGGAAAAUAAAAAUUAAUGAAGAAGACCUUGCAGAACUUUUUAGUCAGGUGAGAGAAAAUAAAGCAGAGAUCGAAGAACUUAAAAAAGCCAACGGUGCCUCUCAGAACGUGUCCCAGCAGGUUGCUGCGCUAGCCUCCAAAGUCGUGAAUCUUGACAACAGACUUCAAAGCUUAGAGCAGGCUAUCCAGAGUAAAGCCUGCACUAGUAACCCCUGUCAGAACUCGGGGACCUGUGUGAAUUUGUUGGAUGGUUUCUUUUGCCUCUGUCCCAGCAACUGGCAGGGCCCGCUUUGUUCAGUGGAUGUUAAUGAAUGCCAGAUUUAUGCUGGAACAGCAUUAGGCUGCCAAAAUGAAGCCACUUGUGUGAACACACCAGGCAGCUACAGCUGCUCCUGUACUCCGGAAACCUAUGGGCCUCACUGUGCCAUGAAAUUUGAUGACUGCCAGGGAGGAUCUGAGACACUCUGUGAGCAUGGUAUCUGUAUAGAUGCAGACAGGGAUGAGCCCAACAAGCCCAAGUACCGCUGUGUGUGCGACGCUGGCUGGAUGUCCCCUCCCGGCAGCCCCGCCUGCAGCACUGACAUAGAUGAAUGCAGCCUCCCCAGCCCCCCCUGCUCACAGAACCCACCGGUGCAGUGCUACAACACAGCAGGCUCCUACUCGUGUGGUCUCUGCCCCGCAGGUUGGCAAGGCAAUGGAUACAGUUGUCAAGACAUUGAUGAAUGUGAAAGUAAUAAUGGAGGCUGCUCAACAGCACCGAUGGUUCAAUGUAUCAACACAAUGGGAUCCUUCCACUGUGGGCUCUGUCCACCAGGUUAUGAGGGAGAUGGACAAACAUGUACCCAGGUUGAUAUCUGCUCAAUAAAUAAUGGAGGGUGCCAUCCUUCGGCUACUUGUACCUCAGCUCCAGGGCUAAUGCCAUUUUGUUCCUGCAUGUCUGGGUACACUGGAAGUGGAUAUGGGCCAAAUGGGUGCUCUCCUCUCAGUGAUGUUUGUCAGCUGCAAAACCCCUGUGCACAUGGGCAGUGCUUGGCAACGACCUCUGGAUAUUUCUGCCUGUGUAACGCAGGCUGGACAGGCCCUAACUGUACAGAGAACAUUGAUGAAUGCGUUAGCAACCCCUGCCAGAAUGGGGGGACCUGCACGGACGGGGUCAACGGCUACUCCUGCGAGUGCACCAGUGCCUGGACAGGACCACAGUGCCAGACUGCCCAGCAAGUUUGUGGAGGAUAUCUCUCAGGCUUGAAGGGGUCUUUCAGUUACCCUAACAGCCCAAACAGCCAGCAGUACAACAGCGGCGUUAGCUGUGCUUGGCUUAUUCAGACUAAUCCAAACAAGAUCCUGCGUAUUACUUUCCCAUUCUUCCAACUGGAGACAAGUAAUGACUGUAACUCCGACUUCCUUCAAAUACAUGACGGGCCUUCAGCGUCAAUGCAUAUGCUGGGAAAAUACUGUGGCUCCUCACCUCCUGCAGAGCUUUUAAGCUCCCACAACUCCCUGUAUUUUUGGUUCUACUCAGACCACACCCUUACAACGGAAAGCUUUACUGUUCAGUGGGAAUCUCGUGAUCCUGAAUGUGGUGGUGAGCUGACAGAUCCUUAUGGCUCAAUAAGCUCUCCGGGAUACCCUGGUAAUUAUCCUGUAAAUAGAGACUGUUUCUGGACCAUCUCAACCAGUCCUGGCCUCCUCAUCACAUUUGCUUUUGGCACACUAAGCCUGGAACACCAUGAAAAUUGCAGUUACGACCAUUUAGAGAUUCGAGAUGGUCUUUUUCCACAAGACCCCAUCCUUCGUAAAUACUGUAGCACUAGAUCUCCACCCCCACUCCAAACCACUGGUCCAUAUGCAUGGAUUCACUUUCACUCUGAUGAGUUAGUUACUGAUAAAGGCUUCCGCAUCCUCUAUACAACAUCUCCUGCAGAUCCCAGUUGUGGAGGAAAUUACACGGAUAACGAAGGAGUUAUCACAUCCCCUUUCUGGCCUAGCCCUUAUAUCAAGAACCAACAAUGUAUCUACAUUAUCAGACAGCCAGAGGAUGAAAAAAUAUACCUCAACUUUACCCACAUGGAACUGGAGAAUCAUACUGAUUGUUCACUGAAUUAUAUUGAGGUUCGAGAUGGUGACAGUGAGAUGUCUUCCCUUAUUAGGAAAUUCUGUCAUAGUACACUCAUGUCCCCAGUCACUUCCACCAGCAACAGCCUCUGGAUCAAGUUCAAGUCUGAUGCUUCUGUGCAAAGGAGUAGCUUCAGGGCUGUUUAUCAAGUUGCCUGUGGAGGCUCCUUGUCUGGAGCAGGCACUAUCCACUCACCUUACUAUUCCAGGAUGUCCUCUCACCCAAAGACCUGUGAGUGGAUCAUCUCCCAGCCAGCUAGCAAAGUGGUGAUUCUUAAUUUUAUUGACUUUGGCAUUCGAAAUACAACCACUUGUGACUCAGACUACAUUGAGGUCAGAGAUGGCAACAAUGAAGACUCCCCUCUUUUGGGCAAAUACUGUGGUACAGCUCUACCAUCGAGAGUGCAGUCUACACAGAACUAUCUCUAUAUCAAAUUCAGAGCUUCCUCUCUUACCAACCUUGGUUUCAGAGCUGAGUACUGGCCAUUAGAUACAGCAUGUGGGAAGACUCUCACUGGACCAGAAGGAACCAUUACAAGUCCUGAUCUUCCAGAUGCCUACCCACAUGGUAUUAACUGUACCUGGAUUAUCAACGUUCAACCCGGCUACCUUAUCCGCCUGACGUUCACUUCAUUUAACUUGGCAUUUGAUUAUAGCUGCAGAAACGAUUAUCUUGAAAUAUAUGACAACAGCACUGUGCAAAAAUUGGGAAGGUACUGUGGAAGAUCAAUUCCACCAUCUCUCACUAGUGGUGGCAACAUGAUGAUGUUGUACUUCGUGAUCGAUCACAAUAUUGCGUCUGAGGGCUUCUCAGCUAAUUAUAUCUCCCUGGAUGCAUCAAAAGUGUGUUCACACAACUACAGUACUGAAACUGGUGUGGUAACAUCUCCAAACUAUCCCAAUAACUACCCCACCCAGACAGAGUGCAUAUACACCAUCACAGUGGGAAUGAACAGACAGAUUGUGCUGCACUUCACCAACUUCACCUUGGAAGGGAACAGACGCUGCACGGAGGAUUAUGUAGAAAUCAGAGAUGGAGGCUAUGAAACUUCUCCUCUUCUUGGAAAAUACUGUGGUGCAGACCUGCCUCCUGUGAUAAUCUCUCAUGGUAACAAGCUGUGGAUAAAGUUUGUAAGUGACAUAUUUGGCACAAGAAAGGGAUUUUCAGCAGAGUGGGACGGUACCUCAGCAGGUUGUGGUGGGACUUUGAUGACAGCUUCCGGUAUCUUCAUGUCUCCCAACUACCCUAUGCCAUAUUACCACAGUUCAGAGUGCUACUGGUUGCUCAGAGGAAACCGAGGAACCCCAUUUGAAAUCCAGUUUGAACAGUUCCAUCUAGAGUAUCACCCAAACUGCAACUUGGAUUACCUUGCGGUAUAUGAUGGCAACAGCAGUAAUGCCAAACUGCUAGGUAAAUUUUGUGGGAACCAGAUACCACAACUCAUCCAUUCCAAUGGAGACAGCGUGUAUGUGAAAUUAAGGACAGACAACAGCUUUCAGGGUGGAGGUUUUUUAGCGAAAUACAAACAGGUUUGCCAAGACGUACUGACAGUUAAUCGUAGCUAUGGCAUAUUGGAAAGCUUAAAUUAUCCAAAUAAUUACCCACUAUAUGAGCACUGCAACUGGACUAUCCAAGCUACAAAGGGGAACACACUCAACUACAGCUUCACAGCCUUUGAUUUAGAAGAUGGAUCUGACUGUGACCGUGACUUCUUGAAG